AUGUGGAACAGUUCGACACGGCGCUUCUGCAGGUCGCUACCUGGCACUUGGCGCAGUGGAGGAGCUUGCGCUGGGGCGGGCGUGUGGUGUCCAACAUUGAGCUUAAUUGUGCAGGGGCACGACUGGCAGUUUGUCCCCACGGCCCCGGGGGAUGGCGAGAAUGGAUUGGUGAGGGUGUUUCGGCCAGGGAUCCAUAUCGGGGACACGAGGUCUGAGGAGGCCAUCUACAAGCUGCUCGUGUCUUUACAGCGGCUGACUGCGUGGGCUGAGGAUGUAUUUUGGCCCGUAUUCAAAGCUGAUUUCAGCGUUCCCGAUUGA